AACAACCACAACAACCACAACAACAACAACAACAACAACAUGACCCAUAACAGCGCGGCCGGCCAUGGGCAACAACAACAUGGAAUGAAUGCAUCACCAGUCAUGCUGAAAUGCAAUCCUUCCGCCUUGCUGAAGACUUCUUCGACACUUGUAAUUUUGGCUUUUAUCAUCGCCAGAUUGAGUGCUGUCGUCAACCCCUGCAAUUGGGCCUCCCGUAAGAUUAAUGCGGUUCCGGUCCCUUGUCUGAUACACGACAGCAUCACAGGGUCUAUCCCUUCCAGAAUCCGUCACAACCAGCGCCACGAGCGCAAGCCUCCUCGUCCUCGUCGUCCCUUGUCAGAAGCAGCCGGCAUCUCCACGCUCCUCCUUUGGUCCUGGAGGGCGAUCAACCUGCCCACCUGUAAUCAAAUUACCAUCCCAUCAACCUCAAACAUUCACUCCACGGCUCAGAUGCAGGGCUGAGAGGCGAAAGGUACGCGCUCAGCGUAGAUAAGUAAAUUACUUCCUCGAACUCUCUUUUCUAUCUUCUUCCGCUCCAUUGCUCUAUCUGGUACCGGCUCUUAGUACAUACUGGGCUCCUGGUGAACCUGUCCACUCCUUUGUACAAACCCACACAUUCUUUAGUCGAGCAUAAACACCACACUCCUUUGUUUCAUAUUCACUCGUCAAUUUGGGCGCCGAGUUCUGGAGGAUCCACUGAUCAGUCUCAAACCAACCCAUCUCUGCCACCUUACGAAAUACCUCACUCGUUAAUCCCUCAACAGGCUCACCACCGAGGCAUCAGCGAUGGGCAGGCCACAUCCUCUGUCAAAGUCGGUGUGGGCCCAGUUGGGGCGUGGCACGAGAGGUCGAGACGCAGAGGAUUCUGGUGCGCCAACUCGUGUAUCAGAAGAUGCACAGGCCACAAACGUCAACCCAAACGCUGCCGCAUUGUUUGAGUUCGAUCAGCAAAACCGAGAUCAGCUUCCCGAAAGGCCUAGCACCUCCGCUGGACCUGCAUCGAGCCUUGCGAAAAGGAGAAACGCUGAGAAGAGAGAAACAAAGGACGACCUUUACUUCAAUCCUCUUGCUGCUCAUGGCGUAGGAACAACUUUCUACAAUUUUCCACUGCCGGGCUCCCGAGGCUCCCUCCCUACUCCUGCCAGCUCGCCAAAGGACCUUCAUCACCCCGCUACUCGUAAACCGCAUGUGACUCGCCCCUCGACCCCCGAGUCUAUUGAAAUAGCGCCCGGAAAUAUGAAUGUCCCACAGGGUGAGAUCGGUAUGGCUCUCGGGAGUCCACAGCAUCCUCCUACAGCAUGGCAACAGAUACCUAUGGAGCGAUAUACCGAAUCGCCAGACCAUAUAGACGACGAGAUGACUAAUUCGGCACCAGCGAGGCAAAAGACAAGCAAGUGGAAGCUACUGGGUGGUCUUUUUGGAGGGAAGAAACAUGAGGCGCAACCGGUUGCAUUUUACCAACUCCAGCCCGAGGCGUCACAACAACCCGUCAACCACGGAUUCGAUUUCGGAGAACCAGCAGCUAGUGAAAAGCCCAAGUCUCGAGGUCGAGGACGUUCGAAUUCCAGUGCUCGCAAAUCAAGGAAGCACAAACCAGAGAUGAGCAGAUCAAAUACCGUACCUCUCCGCCUUGAUCCUGAAAGAUCAGGGAGACAGAAACAGACUGGGACUCCAGAGAUUACUAUUGACGGAGGAAAUGUUAUCUACGAUGGCUUUCAUUCGACCCAGAAAGGUGCUGGACUGCUUGAUGUCGACAUACCUUCAGUUCAGAUGGAGAGAUUUUCGAUUAUGUUCGGCGCAGUCAUUCAGAAACCCCAUUCGCAACCGUCCUCGUUGCUAGCUAGGCGGCAGGCUACACUAGACAAACUCAAGACAGUUAACGAGGCCCUCGCUUCUAAGGAACGCGAAUUAGAGGCCAAAUCCAAGUUGUUAAUGCCCAGACGAGCGACCUCACCAGGGUUCAAGACUCAAAGUCCGGCAUUCUCGCUAUUCCCAAGUACACCUCGAACCAGGGACGCAUCUCCUUCGUCGCGAUCACGACCUUCAGUUACUCUUCAACGAUCCAAUACUUCUCCAGCCGCUCUCUCUCCAUCGCGACCAACUUUCGCGCCUGGAAUCACCAACGAGGAGCAUGCAAAUCUCGUCUCUGCCGACUCACCCACAGUUCCCAUCCGCCAGCACCCCGACAUGUAUAGAGGUCCCCGGGCACUAAGGAAAAAAGAAGAACCAAAAGCGUUCGCAGAACCAGCACCUGAGCCAAACAGAUGGUCACCUGACCAGUCUCAGCUACUACUUGAUUCGUCCAGUGACAACGAGAACGAAAAGGAAGACGAGAUACCUCUCGCCGUGACCGUUCCCAUGAAGCCUAAACUCCCCGAACCAACUUGGCAAAUGGUGAACCCUGCCCACGCUACCAACGAUUCGGUCUCUGGAAGCUCGACGUCUGGAUCCGAUCGUUCAACCUCAACAUCCGCAUCCAGCAUUACCACACCCCUCAGCGCAUCCACGGCCCCCUACCCAGUCAUCAAAUCCCUCCGCGUCAACUCGCCACCUCAAACACGAACAGGAGCCUCCAACAUCGCACAAAAACCAGCAAUGGCCCGCUCAAGGAGCGCCACCACAGUUGCUGCGCCUAGCUCCAUUCCGCGGCGUAAUGCCAGUGCCGCUGUGCAAGUCUCCAGCUCCAAGUCAGAGGAUGAAGUACGUCUUGAGACUGCUGCAGACGUGUCAAUAGCUCGUCAGAUUUCCGUCUCCCGUCAGCAGAGGCACCUGCUCGUACCAAUUAAGACGAGUCUCAAAACAUCAAGUACGGGAACCUCAAGCAAGAAGUAUCUCAAUUCCUCGAAUCCUAGCGGAAGUCCUAUGAAUGACCGUGUGGUUGGUGGCCAGAACUUCCCGGCGCCUGUUAGCGGCAUUGGGGCUAUCGGCAAAGUUUCGAGUCCACUUGGCGCCAUUGCAACAGCCACGAAAGAGGAGCAUGAGCGGGGAAGAGGAAGCCCACAAGUUGAGAGGAUAGUCAGAGGGGAAGCUCCCGCGGAAAGAUUGGUACAAGUUGCGAAACCUAGCACGCCCACACUCGUUGUUGUAGGUGACGGCGUGGGUGGCAAGGAAAUGGCUUGGACUGGAGCAACUGCCAACCUGAACAAGCCGCUGUCGCAUCCACCUGUCGGGUUCUCAGAACGUAGACGACAAAAGGAGGCAACUAGUUCGUAUUCUCACACGAGUCCCAUUGUUGGAGAAAUCCAUGUUGGUCUUGCAGUUUCAAGAGACAGUUCGCCCACACGACAUGCGAGGGACUUAUCGCACAGGAAGAGCGAGAGGGUGGUAUUCGAACGUGUCAGCGUGGCUUCCAAUUGAAUUGUCCCACACCCACGUAUCACAUCCACCGAGUAUUUUUGCUUUCAUAAAUUUGUUUGCCGGCGUUGGAUCAGGGACGACAAUAUAUUCAGAGAAAUUCGAUACUCUGGUAGUAUAUUACGGGAACAUGCAUUAUUGUUUUAUAUUCCAGAAGCGAUGACAGGAUGGGAUGGGUUGUGUCGAUACCUAUGUUUCGGUUCGUGACUCUGCACAUAGCAAUUGAGGAUGGGAUAUAGGACGGAGUAGACUCUUAUGAAAGCAAAAAUUUCAAAAUCUAAGAUUGAAGAACUCUUAGCCCCUGGACGAUGUCUACUCGUCUCCGGAUGCACAUCCAGUUUCCAGAAAUGCUUAUAUGGGAGCAAUUUCUGUGGAUAUUGGGGUCUGGUAGCUCUGAGAACUACCAACUCUAAUCCUGCGCAGACCGACUCUGGAGCCUGGUCGCUUUCUCAGAUCGCCUAUAUAGCUCACUAAACGCUUACUCGGCUGCGGUUGAUGGCUUGUAUAUUUUUACACGAACAUAAUCACGCAGAAGCUUCACAUAAAUGAAGCGAUUUCAACAAGGGAGCUGAUAAGAGGUGACCUCCAAGUUCCAAAUCCCAAGUACAACCUCUAAGGUACUCAAAGCUUGUCAGUCCAGUUAGCGCCACUCCCUUACCUACUUGAUAUUUCCUUCCUUCUACUAUCUACCCGUAGAUACAUAUUUGAAGCUGUUCACGUCCCCGGAUAUGACCUGUGUAACUCGAUUACCUGUUUUGAUCUUGAAUCGAGGGGAGGUAUGAAAUCAUUUGAAUUACAAUAAUUAUUUAAUGUCAAGGGUCAUUUCCGCGCGGUGUUUCUGUUUUGAUAUCGAUGCCUGCAUUAGAGGUCGAGUUUGUGUUGCAAUCCGUCAUCAUGUUCGAUUCAGGUUCUGGGCCGCUUGCCUUCCACUCUAAUUUAAGGAAAUCCUCUAUACCGUUCACUUUCGAGUAGUCAGACCUACACUAAGAGAUGGGGUGGCAAUAAUUUAAGAAUGAGUGACAUACGGAAUACAUGCUUGAUAACUUUCUCCAAUUACUAGGGCAGGAGAUGAGUCUCGAAAACAGGAUUUUCAAAGAGUUAAUACCUAAAUUAUAAGUUCGAC